AUGCCUGACCCAAAUGAAAACGACAUCCAUGAAGAUCUGCUUCAGGUUAGCCUUUUGGGUUUAGUAAUUUUAACGGUAGCUGUAGUUAACGCAGGAGAGCACGUUGGGUACAAAUUUGAAUAUGGUGUCCACGACCCCCAUACGCACGAUCACAAAACUCACUAUGAACAUAGAGAUGGCGACCAUGUUGUAGGGAUGUACACUCUUAAGGAAGCCGAUGGUACUUACAGAAUUGUGAAGUACAAAUCUGGUCCUAAAUCUGGAUUUGAAGCUGUAGUCGAAAAAGUGGGACAUGCUUAUCAUCCUGCACAUCAUGCACAUAGUUGAAGUGGAACAGUAUUGUUAUUUUUUAUUAAAAAUACCCAAGAACUGAAAGUUGUAAUUUCUUAAUAUAAAAAUAAAAAAAAAUCUAUUAUA